AUUGAGAAAGUUGAGGCAUGUAUGACGUCAUGGGACCGGAAACGAAAUAUCCGCUCAUAAUUUUUAACUCAUCUUUCGCUGACAAUGUAGACUGUUCCAUGGGUCCAGGUUUCAAACUUUUGAAUAGCCUAAAAUUCACUGAAGACCGUGAAUGAACUUCUCUUGAACACCGUUCUCGUUCAUCGUUACGGUACAGCUGAUCAGACGCGAAGAUGAGUGACCUGGAGAAACAGGUGACGGAGCUGGCCCAGCAGGUGGCUGACUUGCAACUUGAGUUAAAGGAUGUCAAGAUGCGACGAGAGAUCCCCUCACCCACCAGCGCCAUCAUGGAGGAGAUUGACCAGCUAGGGGUGGAGGACAAGGUCAAGGACCUGCUGCACAUGCUCAGGGAGGAACUCAAGCAGUUGAAGGAGACGGUCGGAAAACAGGAUCCCAACCUGCACAAACUCCCCCCGACCGUCACAGUGGACCCGCCCAGCGCCUUCCACUCGCCCCACCCAGGUCACACAGACACUGCCACUCGGGUUGCCUCAAUGACCCAGCCCACCGUGACGGGGACCAUGGGGACAAAAGCUGCGCCUCCUGGCGGAAUGACCGCUGACCAGCUCCAGGAGUUUAAGAAAAUGACGUUACAAAUCAACGCCCUGCAGCAGAAGAUAAAGGACCUGGAGAACAAGUUGACCGAGGCGGCUGUCAGCAUCAAGAAGGGCACGGAGCGGGUUGACGAGAUGGAAGAAAAGGAAAGCGAGAACGUCAAAGACCUGUACAAGUGCAUGGACCAGAUCAACAACAGCCUGAGCGAGAAGAUCGCCCAGCAGAAGGUCGAGGUUCAGAAGAUCGCGGGCGACACGCCCAAACCCAUCAACUACGACCCGUUCAACUACGGGGAGGCUUACGGCGGGGACGUAGUGGACUUUCAAGCACGGAAGCGGAUAUUGGAGAUGAAGCUUUUGCUCCAAGGCCUGCAGACGUCAAUGAACCAAAUGCGUGACUCGGUCAAGGUUAGCCCAAGCAUUGACCUUGGGUUCAAGGUCGUUCGACUAGACCAGCUGCUUGCGUCCAGUGGCUUUGCUAGAGCUAUGGCUAAAGGAGAGGUCAACCACGAGGACGGUCUAGUCAUAAGCAACUCAACGACCCGUGACCCGUCCAAGGUCGACUACCCAAAGAAGGAGAUGUUCCAGGUCACAUCGGAGAUGGAGUCCCAGUGGGCCAUCACAGACUCCAUCAUGCAGACGAUGUACCGGCUGGAGAUGGAGCUGGGGGAACUUCAGAGAGUUGUUGGGGCUUCCGAUCUCAGCAGUAACACUCGCCUCUUGGAGGAUCUUCAAGCCAGUAUUCGACAAGUCAAAGAAAAAGCUGUUGAUGUGAAAACUGUCAAACGUUUAAUGGAGGAAUCGCAGUCCACCAAGGUCCACACUCAACUUUCAUCGUUUGACAAGAAGGUGGUGCCUCAGCAGAACACAGACAUCAACCCCAGCUCCUCUGUCCAGAUGUCCAAGUCCAAGUCGGACUACCAGAUCAAGUCGUUGUCGGCAACAAUCGGCGUCAUCAACAAACGUUUGGCCAAGAUUGAGCAGUACAUGGAGAAACGUCCGAAUGCUGCCACAUCCAAAACGAAGUUGAAGGGUCCGAUUGGUGAAACAGCAUGCCUGUCAUGUGACCGAGAGUCUGACGUCAUCAAGAUAGUGGAGAAAUCCCUCCCCGACACCUGCUACUUCAACCCGUCCAUGUCACCCCGCGACCAGCAGGUCAACAAGAGCCCGCCCAGACUGCGCUACCUGCUCAACCGUGGAUACAACAUUGACCUGAAUAACGAGGUGGCCGAGAUCUACAACAUCCCACGGCCCGUGGGUGGCAGCUACGUCCAAUACUGGCCCAAGAUGGUCAGCUUCCACGGCCAACCGAAAAAGACAGUGGAGAUCGCCCCACCAGCCUUUACUGGACUAGCGACUGAUACAAAAUUUAUCAAAGGAAGCGACGGGAGGGUGUAUAGAGCGGAUAUAGGGUCACUUAAGAUGAAGAAAUCUUCCUCUGUUGCUGCUGGGGUGUUGGCUAGCAAGAAAAAAAGUUCGAGCAUUUCAACAACGUUGACCACGGCAACCACCAUUGACAACAGCGGUCUCCCGUCCAAGUUAUCCAUGCAGACUAAAGAAAUGAUGAAAGAAACCCUCCCAGAGGAACUGCCCGAGAAUACCAUGGAGUUUAGUGAGAAUUUUCUAGAGGACUUUGACGACAACCGUCCGCGCUUGAAUUACAUGACGCCAUCCAUUCACAUAGCUGAAGCCACGCCUUAUGCGGGAUCACCAGUGAAUGAUUUCCCUGAUGAAGAAGAGAACAACAAUUCGAACACACUCAGGUGGUCAAAGUCGUGAACAUCCGGUCAACAUCCGGUCUACAUCCGGUCUACAUCAGGGCAAUAUGCGGUCAACAUUAAGUCAACAUCCGGUCAACAUCACGUCAACUCGAAACAUCCACACAAAAAAAUAAUUAAAAAACUACAAGA